AAAAAGAAAAUAUUGGGGUGCAAUUGAGGGGUUUAUAAAUCGCGUAGGCACUAAGCACAGGGUUGCAAAAAUCCGAUCAGAAGACAGGUUCAAACCGGAGCAAAAAAACUUGUUACGAUGGUUUCUUCCGACAAGGAUCCACGAGAGGAAGUCCUUCAAGCAUGGUACAUGGAUGAUAGUGAUGAAGAUCAAAGACUCCCCCACCACAAAGAACCCAAGGAGUUUGUCUCGUUGGACCAACUUGCUGAACUUGGAGUCCUUAGCUGGAAAUUAGAUGCUGAUAACCAUGAAAAUGAUCCAGAGCUGAAAAAGAUUCGUGAAGAGCGUGGCUACACCUACAUGGAUGUUUGUGAGGUCUGCCCUGAAAAGUUGCCAAAUUAUGAGCAGAAAAUCAAAAGCUUCUUUGAAGAACAUCUUCACACUGAUGAGGAGAUCCGCUUUUGUGCUGCUGGAAGUGGCUAUUUUGAUGUUAGGGAUUGCAAUGAUGCUUGGAUUCGAGUGUGGGUCAAGAAAGGAGGAAUGAUCAUCUUACCUGCUGGAAUUUAUCAUCGCUUUACGCUAGAUGAGAGCAACUACAUUAAGGCUUUGCGUUUUUUUGUUGGUGAGCCAGUUUGGACUCCACACAAUCGUCCAAAUGACCAUCUCCCUGCAAGACAACAAUAUGUCAAGGAUUUCGUGGAAAAGGAUGUUGGCAACCAUGCUGUUGAUGCCGCCGCGUAAGAUCUGGUUCCGCCUAAUCGUAGUACGUGGGACUGAGACUUUGUGUUGCUAAAGUAAGGUUUGAACAAAAGAAAAUAAUGGUGCCUUUAAAUAAAGGGUCCCAGCUUUUUAUGCUAUGGUUUUUGUGUAGGUGACCCUUUAAGCCUUUUACCCACGCCUGUGUUUUUGUGUAGGUGACCCUUUGAAAGAUAGCCAUAAUAUUAUAACUACAUAUUCAUCUAAGUUAUAGUACAUUUUAAGCUAUGUCAUAAAUUUAGUUGAUUUGUAAAAUUAUGCUAUCAAGUACUAUCUUUACUCUUAUUUAUAAGAUUCAA